AUGUCGACAGUGCCGCCCACAACCGGGUCCGUGUCGGAGGCCGACUAUGAGGCGCUCGUCCUCAAGCUGCACGAGAUUCAGGCUGUCAAGUUUGGGGAGUUCAAGCUGAAGAGCGGGCUCAUGUCUCCCGUGUAUGUGGACCUUCGCAUCAUCGUCUCCUACCCGCAAAUCCUGCACCGCGUCGCGGAGGCCAUGUGGGACCGGGUGCGGGAGACUGAGUUUGACGUGAUGUGCGGCGUGCCCUACACCGCCCUGCCCAUCGCCACCUGCAUGUCGGCGCUGCACGGCACCCCCAUGCUCAUGCGCAGGAAGGAGGUCAAGGACUACGGCACCAAGAAGGCGAUUGAGGGCGCCUUCACCCGCGGCCAGCGGUGCCUGAUUGUGGAGGACCUGGUGACCAGCGGCAUGAGCGUGCAGGAGACGGUGGAGCCGCUGGAGAAGGAGGGCCUGGUGGUGUCGGAUGUGGUGGUGCUGAUUGACCGGGAGCAGGGCGGGCGGGCGCGGCUAACCUACAUCCUCGACACGCUGGUGCAGCACAGCCUGGUGACGCCAGACGUGGCGGCCAAGGUGCGGCAGUUCAUUGCCGACAACCAGACCGACAAGCCGGGCGUCAUCCCUGCAGCAGCAGCGCCGCCGCCAAAGCCCAAGCGGCUGCGGUACGAGGAGCGUGCCGCCUUGGCAAAGAACCCGCUGGGCAGCAAGCUGUUUGAGCUGAUGGCUCGCAAGAAGAGCAACCUGUCGGUGGCGGCUGAUGUGGCGACUGUGGAGGAGAUGCUGGAGCUUGCCGACAAGGUCGGGCCGCACAUCUGCGUGUUCAAGACCCACGUUGAUGUGUUUGACAAGUGGAGCGACGAGUACGCUGCGCAGCUGCGGCAGCUGGCCGGCAAGCACGACUUUAUGAUCUUUGAGGACCGCAAGUUUGCCGACAUUGGCAACACGGUGGUGAUGCAGUACGGCGGCGGUAUCUACAAGAUUGCUGACUGGUCCGACAUCACCAACGCACACCUGGUGCCCGGCUCAGGCAUCAUCGACGGCCUCAAGCAGGUGGGGCUGCCCAAGGGCCGCGGCCUGCUGCUGCUGGCCGAGAUGAGCUCCAAGGGCACGCUGGCGCGAGGCGAGUACACCGAGGAGGUGGUGGCGGCGGCGGAGGCCAACCAGGACUUUGUCAUGGGCUACAUCUCGGUGUCGCCGUCCAGCUGGAAGAACGGCCCCGGGUCGCCCGGCCUGAUCCACAUGACGCCCGGCGUGCAGCUGUCGGCCGGCGGCGACGCGCUGGGGCAGCAGUACAACACGCCUGCCUCGGUCAUCGGCGAGCGCGCCAGCGACGUGAUCAUUGUGGGGCGCGGCGUGAUCAAGGCGGCCGACCCCGCCGCCGCCGCCGCAGAGUACCGCCUCGCGGGGUGGACCGCUUACGAGCAGAGCCUGGCAGCCUGA